AAGAUUCGAUCGAUGAUAUUGAGAGACAGAGCUCAUGCUUAGCCCGCGAAUAAUUCUUAACUACGGUUUCAGUUCAUGAUGGGGGGAUUUUUGGGCCUCAUACGCACAGGUAAUCGGUUUGCUGUGCUUGGCGACUGAAGAAUUCGAUUCAGUUCAAGAGAAUUUCGCGAUAAUUGCUUGUGAAGUGAGUUUAGUCGUUGCAUGCAUAGGUUGUCAUUUGUCUGAAAGUAAAUUUUGUUGUGUUUUAAUGUAAACAAGUUUCAUUACUCUGGCAAAGAAUCGGCUUCGAGUUUGCACGACGGGGGCCACUUUUUGAGAUGGCAACCUCUUCCUACAUGCAUAGCACGUAAAUAAUGGCUUUCGUUUGCCCCAAAUACACCUUGUAACUGAGUGAAGGGAAGUUAUUGAACCAAGGUGCAUCAUGCAACAAAAAAACAAUGAAGAGAAAGGAGAAAACUUAUCUAAAGAUAGUAACACGGAAGCCAGGUGCAAUUUGUUUGCUUAGAGAUAACAUUAGAAAUUUGCAUACAUCUAUUGUCAACCGACGAGUUUUGAACUGUGCCUACUUAUAAUGAAUUGAAAACUGAAGGCAUUAUAUGUAAAGAAAAAAAGAAAAAAAAAAGUGUUACUUGCAGUGGAAUGUUCAAUAAGAAUAUUCCCACUGAAUUAAUUAUUCUAAGAUUAAGUGUGAACUAUAUUAUUAACUGGCUUGUCCCAACCUCUACUCUACUCUGGUUAGGUUAGUUGUUGCAGGUGGACUAGAAUUUAAUGCACUUGCAGAUGGUCCAUUUGUUAACAUCUCCCUUACACUCCACUGAUAUUGUUUUUAUUAAUUCUAAAUUUUUUGAAAUAGGAGAAUUUUCCAAAACAAAACAAGCUGCUAAAUAAACAAACCAAUUUGCCACCUGUUUGUUAUGAUUAUCAAUACUUUUUGCUUUGUUAAGAGUAAAUUUUGGAAGAGAAGUCCUUCUUAUCAAUAAAUUAUUAGACCUUUGUACAACAAUAAUGUUCUGAUUGGUUAUUUCAUUUUUGCAUGCGGAACAUGAUGUCAAACUUGUCAAAAUUUUAUGGAUGAUCUUUGAAAUGAUGGAUGCAAAAGCAAGACAAGAUUGUAUAAAGGAGAUAAAGUUACUUCAGCAAUUAAACCAUCCCAAUGUUAUCAAAUAUUUGGCUUCUUUUAUAGAGAAUAAUGAGCUUGUUAUAGUAUUAGAAUUAGCAGAUGCAGGAGAUUUAUCAAGAAUGAUAAAGCAUUUCAAAAAACAGGACAGAUUGAUUCCAGAGAGGACAGUUUGGAAAUACUUUGUUCAACUGACUGCAGCUCUGGAGCACAUGCAUUCAAGACGUGUCAUGCACAGAGACAUCAAGCCUGCCAAUGUCUUUAUAACUGCAUCUGGUGUGGUAAAGCUUGGUGACCUUGGUCUUGGAAGAUACUUUAGUUCUAAGACUACUGCUGCACAUUCUUUAGUGGGGACACCUUAUUACAUGUCACCAGAGAGGAUACAUGAAACUGGAUAUAAUUUCAAGUCUGAUAUUUGGUCUCUGGGUUGUCUUUUAUAUGAGAUGGCUGCCCUCCAGUCACCUUUCUAUGGUGACAAAAUGAACCUGUAUUCACUGUGUAAGAAGAUAGAAUCUUGUGAUUACCCCCCUUUGCCAGCAGAACAUUACUCUGAAAAGUUGCGUGAUUUAGUGAGCCGGUGUAUUAAAUCUGACCCAGACCAGAGGCCAGGUAUCACAAAAGUCAAUGAAGUGGCACAAAUGAUGCAUGCAGGCAAUCUUCACCAGUUCCCCUCUUCCCCCCAAAUGAAACAAUAAUUUAAAGAAACUUGAUGUGUAAUAUCAGUGAUACACUGAGUAAUUUAUUACAAAUAUUAAUGCCCAAAAAUUCUUGGUUGAUUGUGCCUUGUAACAUAUCUUAAUCUUAAGAAAUUGAUUGAAAAUAAAGAAAUUCCAAUCAAAAGAGAGAAACCUGGAGAUGAAUAUGGAUGGUCAAAGAUUUAAAACUUCAAAAUUCCAACUGAUCUUCUAACCAUAGAGUGAUGUUUGGGUUCCCACGUCCUUUUAAUUGACUUAACUUAAGAACUUUUCUCAGUGGAUACAAUGUAAUCGGUUUUCAAACAUUCAAUUCACAGUGAACUGCAUGCAAAAUUGAAUUUCAUGGAGAGAAAUUGAAUAAUUAUGGCAACACUUCAUUGCACAGAUGCAUGAACUUAUUUAUUCAUACUGCAGAAAUAAUCAGCUGCAAUUCUGCACCUCUACAUUUUGUAGUUUUUUUUGUAUUCUGUUGAAAAGGAUAGUGAAGUUGCCUGAGACUCCAUUAGGGAUGAUAAAAUGUUGUAACUUUUCAAGUAUUUUAUAAAUUACUUUCUGGAUUUUCACAACAAGAAUUAUUUUAUAGAGAUCUUCUUACUACUGAAGUCUCAAGUUUAAAUAUUGUUUGUGACCCUUUCAAAUUUCACUUUAUUCUAAGAUCCUCGUAGUGUGUAAAAUGCAAAUGACAUUAGGUUGUGUAAUAUAGUUUCAGGGUGUGCUUAAAAAUAAUAACUUUAGCACUUCACAGAGGUGAUAGAACUUGUGUCUCUCAAAAUGGCAACUCUCUUCAGGAUUGCUGAAUAAAUCUCAUUUUACAGAAGAA